AUGAACAGUAAUAAAGGAAAAGCUGUGUGGAAUUCAAACUUGACAGAAAUUUUUAUUAAGGAAUGCUUAGAGCAAGUGUACAAAAAACAAAGGAAAGAAACUGCUUUCAAUAAAAAUGGGUGGCAGGCAAUAAUUAAGGGGUUUGAGGCAAAAACAGGAAAAAGAUACAAAGGCUUGAGAUGUACAAGGGAAUUAACCUUGAUAUUCAGGGAUGUCUUGGCAACUGAAGAGAUACUUUUUGUACCAUUUGCUACCCAGACCCAAAUAGAGGAUGAUGAUGAUGAUGAUAUGUACCACCCCACUAUUGACCUUCAAAAAGGCUCCGGUGAUAUUGAAGAGGAGCUAAAUUUAUCUAACACUGCAUCACCUAUGGGGGUCACUGAUGAGCUGUUGGGCUUGAAUGUCACCACAAAUACCGGUAGAACUAGUGGUGAUAAAAGUCAAGGCAAGAGAAAGAGGGUUGUAGGCAUUGGUGGGAGGAAAAAGCAAAAAGUUACUGCCUCAAUGAAAAUAGCAGAUGCGAUAAGUAAAAUAGCUAAGGAUAAUAGAGCUAGAAUAGAGACAGUGAACAAGAUUUUGGUAAAUGAUAUAGGAGUUUUUGAAGUUGUGGCUCACUUAAAUAUACUCCUAGAUGUUUUUGGUGAUAAAGAUUUGCAUUGGAGAUGUGUCAAUCUUGUUCUGUACAAGCCUAUGCGAGAUGCUUACUGGUAA